AUGAACACAUACAACAACAAUAACAAUUAUAACCAACCUCAAGUUCAUCAGACCUAUAUCAAUGAACCUGGACCAAGCAGUGACCGCCUGCAUCCCGGAUCAACAGCUGGUGUCGGUCAUAUGUCUAGAAUUAGCUCGGAAGGUGGAUACGAUAGUUCCGAUGUAGAAUCAUCACUCAUCCCUGGGAAAAUAGGAGGAAAGAGGAAAAAGAAUAUCAAUGAGCAAAUUAAAAACGAAGGGCAUAGCGAUGAGAGGAUAAAGAAGACUAGACAGAGUCCUUGUCGAGCGAGAAAGGUCAAGUGCGAUCGUCCACCGCCUGGAAGUUCGAGCUCCCUGGGAACUCGAAAAGUCAUUUGCUCACAUUGUGAACAUCUAGGACUAGCUUGCACUUUCGAAUACAAGCCCAAAAAGAGAGGUCCACCAAACAUGUAUAUGCGUAAACUCAAAGAUGAAGAUGAUAAAGGAUCAUCUUCGACCGACGAAUCACCUGAUCGAUCUAGACAAACUCAUCCACUACCCUCUGUGCAUGUGCCCAGUAUACAACUAGGAAUGCCUGAUCCGUCAUACCCUGCGCUUGCUAAAAAUGAAAACCCUUCUGCUGCAGCAAGAGGAUGGGAACCAACACUUGCCAGCGCACAAGCACAGGCACAAGCACAAGUACAAAUGCAAGCUCAUCCUUCAAGCUCGACUUCAUUCUCCAAUCUGAAUGAAAAUCAAAACCAAACUCAAACUCAAGGUCAAUUCCUAUCAAGCAUCCAUUCUUAUCCUCAUUAUCCUCAGCCAUCAUAUGUCCCUAUCAAUUCAACUUCGACGCCAUCGUCACCUUCUUCAAUACCACGACAGUUUGGUGGACAACAAAGCCAGAACCACGGAAGCGGAUCUCUACCUCCUUAUCACGUUCCUGGUUCAUCAUCGUAUACUUCACCUGCUCAUAAUAUUCAACCGUUGGCUUAUCCUACUCCAACCAACUCAUCACCUAGAUAUCUAUCCAAACCAGUUUACAUGUAUGUAGAACAUCCAUAUAACCCUCUGAAUCCUUUAGAACAAGUUUUACCUCGUCAGACAAUAUACCAAAUAAUCGACUUGUUUUUCGAUUAUAUCUAUUGUUUGAUACCAUGUCUACAUCGACCUACUUUUACUCAUGAUCUGAAUAUCAAAAGAGAAGAAAGGUCAGGCGAAGACGAAUGGGCCGCUUUAGUCUUAGCUAUAAUAGGUUCAACUCUGGCUCAAUUACCUAGAAGUUUCGUCCAGAUGUCCAGAAAAGAAGUCAAGAGUUUGAUCCUUGCUUGCCAUAAGAAAGUUCGAGAGUAUCUCGCAAAGGAUUUUCAGACUGUUACUAUCAAUAGAAUUAUCAUACUAUAUCACAUCCUGUUUGUAUCUCGAAUACUUGGCCAAGUAUCACGUAUGCCAGGAGACAUUGGCUCGCUUUGUGCAUACCUCAUUGCCCUAAAAGCGCAUGAAGAGAAAACCUAUGCUCGUCUUGGCCCUGUCGAUCGAAUCUUUCUUCGGCGAUGCUUUUGGCUCAUGUAUGGAGCAGAUGUUAGUAUCGCGAGUACGGAAGCGACACCUUUGUAUUUUAAUGAGUAUGACACUCAAGAUGUCGCUUUUCCUGAAGAGCUGGAUGAUGAAUAUAUCUCUGAAGAUGGAUAUCUCCCAAAACCAGAAGGAUAUGUCCCAAUUUUGACUGGUUUUAAUUAUGUUAGUCAACUGCAUCGGAUUACGGGUCAAUUACUAGACAAAUUACGUAGAGAUAAGAAAAAACCACCAACGGGACUAUUAUUGCAAAUGAGACUAAAUGAAAUUAACGAACUUUACGAAAGAACAAUGACAUUGAUGGAUAAUUGUCCAAAAUCGCUGUGGUUGGAAUAUAGAAAUGGAUCGAAAUCUGUCGAAUCACUUUCUCCCGGGUGGAACAAAAAAGCUAAAAAUGAUAUAAUGGCUAUUUUCUCUGAUGCAAAUUACGAUGCUGAAGUUAUUAAAGAUCAUUAUUUGGUUCAACAAGCUAAUAUUUAUGUAACUCAGCAACAAGUUCGGUUUAUGAUCCUACAAUAUAGAGAUGAGUUGCAUGAUCUGCAAUUAGGGGAAGAACGUCGAACCAAUAUUGGUAUAACACAGUAUCAAUUAAAACAGCACCAACAACAACAGGAAGAGUUGGUACCUAGAAUUAGGAGCCGUUCAGGUGAUGAAACAAAAGGACAAGAAGAGAUUUUAGUUACUUCUUCAGCUGAAAAAGAUGAAGUGAUCAUCGAUCUUUUGGCUAUCUUACAAAGGAUCCCAAUGACUGUAUUAGCUGUUAACAAUCUCCCGAUUGUCGCAAAAGUUCAAUUUGUCGCCUCAACUUUAUUGGAUUCGAUAGAUAGUAACGAUCUGGCAUCAGCCAUGAAUCCGACUAUCCUUCCUACUGUAGUUGAGACUCGAGCUCAAAAAGCUCAAAGGAAUUUAUGGCAAUUUCUAAAUAUAUUAACGGAAAUACAAAGUUUGUAUUCUUUGGAAGAUGAUUAA